AUGGAUCGUAGUUGGAUGUAUGGUAGACGUGACACAAAGGAUUUCAUGCAUGGGGUUUCGGAGUUCUGUAUGAGUGCUUUACAACAUCAAGCUAGUACGGGGGUCAAAGAGUUUUAUUGUCCUUGUGCCGAUUGUGAGAAUGUGAACACGGUCAAUAAUGUUUUGGUGAUUAGAGAUCAUGUAUUUAUGCGUGGGUUUAGACCUAAUUACCAUGUAUGGGUUUAUCAUGGUGAGAGUGGAGUGUACGUAGGUAAUUCUAGUAAGAAUGUUGUGCAUGAACAAGAAGAAGCUUUCUAUGCGGAAGGGGAAGCCGAUUGUUUUGAGGAUGAGGAUGACGAUGACGUUGAAAGUAAUAUUGAUGAUGGUAAUGAUCGUGUCGAGGACAUGUUGCAUGAGGUCGAGGAUGAAGUUCGCGAUCAUGUUUUUGAGUGCUUGUCUAAGGCGGCUGAAACGCCAUUGUAUCCUGGUUGUACAAAGUAUAGAAAGCUUUCCGCUGUUUGCACACUCUACAAUAUCAAGACAAGCGGAGGCUGGACUGACAUUAGUUUCACUGAGUUAUUGGUGGCGCUAAGUGAUAUGUUACCGACUGGCAAUGAACUUCCCAGGUCGAACUAUUAUGCCAAGAAGCUCAUGUGUCCCUUUGGUUUAGAGUACAAGAAGAUACAUACUUGUCCAAAUGAUUGUCUGCUAUAUCAUAAGCAGUAUGAGAAUUUGGGUAAGUGCCCACGAUGCGGAGUGUCGCGUUACAAACUCAAAGGGGUAAGCGAGGGUAAGAAUGUGUACCCAGCUAAGGUGUUGUGGUAUCUUCCCAUAAUACCGAGAUUCAAGCGCUUGUUUUCGAUAAAAAAAGAUGCAAGGAAUUUGAGGUGGCAUGCAGAUCCUGAUCGAAGGAAGAGAGAUGGUUUGCUUAGGCAUCCUGCUGAUUCUCCCCAGUGGAAGACUAUUGACAAGCUUCAUGACACUUUUGGUAAGGAACCUCGGAAUUUGAAGCUUGGGUUAUGUACGGAUGAGAUGAAUCCAUUUGGAACUCUUAGCUCCCAACAUAGUACAUGGCCAGUACUUUUAGUCAUAUAUAAUUUACCUCCUUGGUUGUGUAUGAAACGCAAGUACAUCAUGUUGUCGCUUCUUAUAACGGGGCCUAAACAACCGGGAAACGACAUAGAUGUCUACCUUGAACCUCUCGUUGAUGAUUUGAGAAAGAUGUGGGAUGAAGGGGUUUCCGUAUUUGAUGCACAUGCAAAUGAGACGUUUAGAUUGCGUGCAAUGCUUUUCUGCACCAUCAAUGACUUCCCUGCUUAUGGUAACUUAUCGGCUACAAGAACAAAGGAAUGA